GCAAGGAGGAAAAUAUCGGUUCCAAAAUGCAGGAAACUAUUGAGUAAUUUUGCAGGUAACCAAGCAUGAAGAAAAUCAGCCCAGUAAAUCUUGAUAAACUUUUAGAGGACUUCUCACAUAUAGAAAUGAAAAUAUCAGAACUUCAUGGAAAAAGUAAUCUUCUGACUCUUCAGUUGGAUAAAACAAACAGGUUGCUGAAAAUGAGCCAAUCAGAGGAAGAGGCCGCUAAAGAAGAAUGUGCUGUGCUCCAGAAUGUGAUUAAAGGUCUUCAGCAAACUAUAGAAAACCAGUGUAAUCUGAGAGAUGAAAAUGAGAAGCUUAAGAGCACAGUCUGUAUUUUGGAAGAAAAAUUGAAGAUCCAUGAACAGGAACAUAAGAAUACGGUUGAAAGACUUCUAAAAGAAAUUGAAACCAAGGAAGAAGAACACAAGCUUGAACAAAGACAGUUUCACUGUGACAUGAACAAAAAAAUUGAAACAAGUGAAGAAGAACAUAAGCAACUAAUGGAAAGGAAAGAGCUGGAGAUUUUGGAACUAACUAGUCAGCUGAAAGCUCAAGAAAAGCAAAAAGAGAAUGAGAUAAUCAAAUUACAAAUAGAGUUCCACGCAAAACUGUUAAAGCUUCAGUCCAAAGCACCCAAGCCAUCUCCAAAUCCUACACCAUCACCUCAGAACAUCUUCAGAAGGAAGCUUCAGCAUCUUCAAGAAGAAAAGAACAAGGAAAUUGAAUUUCUCCGUAAUACCAUCAAAGACUUAGAACACAGACUUAGAACAAGUCAAGAUUCCCACCUCAAACGGAGAGAGUUUUGA